AUGGGACAAGAAUGUUAAAAAUGCUAAAAGAGACAAGAAGUACAUUCAAACGAAAUAAAUAAAUAAGAAGUAAUUAGUUCUGAUUCUGAUCCUGAAUAUGAAGAAGAUGAUGAGAAACAGCCUUGUAUUAUUUAUGACUAAAUAAAUAGAAAAACCACCUUCAAUGGAUAGCAAGUCAAACUCUUCUACAUUUAUUAAGGAAUAAUAUCUUUCUUCAGAUUCAAAACAAGAGUAGAUAGAGAGUUCUUAGAAUCAACUUAAUUUUUAGGAUGGUGGGAUCUAUACUGGAAUAGUAAUUAACAAUAUGGCAAACGGACUUGGCAGGUUGGUCAUGCCUAACGGUGAUAUAUAUGAAGGCAGUUUUAUUAACAAUAAAUUAGAAGGAGAUGGAAAAUGUAUAUAUGCAAGAGGGCCUAUAUACACUGGUUAAUUCAAAUAAGGAAAAUCAAAUGGAUUUGGUAAAGAAGUGUGGCCUGAUGGAUCUGUUUAUGAAGGUGAGUUCCGAAAUGGAAAAAAGAAUGGAAAAGGAAUUUAUAAAUGGAGUUAAUAAAGUACAUAUAAUGGUGAAUGGGUAGAUAAUAUGAUUAAUGGAGUUGGCAAAUAUGAAUGGCCAGAUGGUAGGGUAAUUUAUUAGUUAUUUAGAACAUAGUCUUAUUACGGUUAAUGGGCAAGAAAUUAAAUGCAUGGUAGAGGAUACUACCGUUGGAUUGAUGGGAAAUAUUAUGAUGGAGAAUAUGAAAAUGAUAAAAAGUCUGGGUUUGGUAUAUUCAAUUGGCCUGAUGGUAAAUAAUAUUAAGGUUAUUGGUUUGAUGGAAAAUAACAUGGAAAAGGACUUAUGAUAAAUAAAGAAGGAAAGAAAAAAUUUGGAGAAUGGUAAAAUGGUAAAUUAAUAAGUUGUUCUGAUGAAUCUAAUUUGUAACUUAUUCCAGAUGGUUGGUUUCUCAACACUUUUAAUUAAUGA